GUCUCUGCGCGUGCGCACCGCUUCCCGGUCUCCUUCCGCCUCCGACUGGGGAACCUCGGCUCCGGCGCUCUGUGGGCCGUAGGUGGCGGCUCUGUUGUUUAUAGUGUGUUGUUUGUUGAGUCGCGUUUCCACGCCACCUGUGACGGUCAGCGGCGGUUGCCCACGGCUCAGCGCCUCCGCGGACUGCGGCCGGUCGUUGCCAUGACAGCGACCGCUGGGGGCCCUGGAUCUUGGAGUGAAAAUAUACUAGAAUAUUUUCUGAGAAAUAACCACAUCACAACAGAAGAUGGCGCUGAGAUCAUCUGGUAUCAUGCUGCUAACCACAAGGCACAGGUGAAUGAGGCACUGAAAAGUCCUGCUCACAUGAUAGAGGCUGAUGUCCUUCUUCCAAGUGAUGGAUCAGAAUAUAGCCAACCAAUCAUGGCCCAUCCUCCUGAAACAAAUAGUGAUAAUACUUUACAGGAAUGGCUGACUGAAGUUAUAAAAAGCAAUAAAGGCAUCAAACUGGAUUUUAAGAGUCUAGCAGCUGUGGAACCAUCCAUGAUGCUUCUGGAAAAUGUGAAGAGGCAUCUGCAGCGUCCUGUGUGGAUUAAUGCUGAUAUUCUUCCUGGUCCAAAUGGAAAUAGCAGAGUAGUGGAUGCAAAACCUUUUAUAGACACAGUGACAUCCUUCUUUCCAGAUGUGACAUUUUCCCUGGGUUGGACAACAGGAUGGCAUCCUGAGAAAGUCAAUGAAGGUUACAGUUGGACAAUGGUGAAAGAAAUGGAAUAUAUAUGUAAGGACCUAAAUCUGCCUGUAACAUUUCCUGUCAGAGCAGCAUUAGUUAGGCAGUCUUGUUCUCAGUUACUCUGGCUGUUAAAGAAAUCAAACAGAGAUUCAACAAAACUCUGGCACCCUCUUUCUUUUUUCCUGGAGAACUGGUUAUUUCAGAAAUUACAGAAGAGUAAGAGGGCUUUAAAAAUGUUCUUUCACACAGAGCCCAACGUGGGACUCAGUCUCAGAAACCGCCAGAUCAUGACCUGAGCCAAAAUCAAGAGUUGGAUGCUCAACUGACCGAGCCACCCAGGCGUCCCAAAUUCUCCAUAUUAAUAGGACUCAAAGUUGCAGGUACAGAAUAGCAAUUUUUUGUUUUGAAAUUGGUAAGAAGAACCUUUGGAAAGUUUUUGCCUGACAAUCAAAAUUUAAAUUUCUGCCACUAUAACCAAUACUUAUUGAAUAUGAAAAUAAAACUAAGAAGUCAUGUAUGUGAUUGAAGUCCAAAAAUGUAACUAAGUUCAAUCAUUAAUUUCAACUUUUCCCACUGAAUCUAGAAUUGUUAAUACAUAGACUGUCUCAAUCUUUAAAAAGAGUUUAAAGAUUUUUCAUUAAAAUGAAUCUCAUUAAAUCUCUGAUCAACAUCCAUCCUCUGCCUGUUUCCAAAAAAAUGUGGUUCAUAUCUUCCUUGGACAGAGUUUUCUGUAGAUAAACUGCUCUAGGAACUAAAGCGUUAAUAUAUUUCUGCGACUUGAAUUUUCUGGUGCCAGUUUAUCUUAAUUUGGAGGAUUCUGGACUAAGUCAGUGUUUCAGUUCCUUCCGUAUUUAAGAUCAGCUAUUUAAUCUCAAUUGAGUCUUUUAUCUUCUGGCUAAGUGAUAUCAAUUCUUUCACCUCUUUUAACGUUUUUUUUUCCUAGAUUUUUUAUUAUCUUUAUCUUCUUACAUAUAUAU